AUGAUUGAGGGAAUGGUGAAGGAUGGUGUUAUUGAAACUUCAUCUAGUCCAUGGUGUUUACCUGUGGUGCUGGUAAAGAAGAAGGACGGCAGCAUGCGGUUUUGUGUUGACUACCGCCGCCUGAACGACGUUACGAAGAAGGACAGCUAUCCCUUGCCUAGAAUUGACGACACGCUGGACAUGCUCACAGGCGUAAAGUGGUUUAGUACGCUGGACCUGAAAAGUGGCUACUGGCAGGUUGAAAUUGACCCUAAGGACAAGGAGAAAACUGCAUUCUCCACAGGAAAGGGUCUGUGGCAAUUUAAAGUCAUGCCGUUUGGAUUGUGCAAUGCUCCAGCAACGUUUGAAAGAUUGAUGGAGCUUGUACUUACCGGGCUAAUUGGAGAUGCCUGUCUGGUCUAUUUGGAUGACAUCAUCAUCGUAGGCCGUACGUUUGAGGAACACCUUCAAAACCUGGAACGCGUGCUCAUGAAGAUCGAGAGUGCCAACCUCAAGUUGAGUCCAAAGAAGUGCUUACUAUUCAAACGGCAAGUUAGUUUUUUGGGGUCUGUAGUGUCGGAAGAAGGUAUCCGCACGGAUCCAGAAAAAAUUGCCGCUGUCAAGGAGUGGCCGGUUCCAAAAGACAAGACACAGGUUAGAGCAUUUUUGGGUUUGUGCUCUUAUUAUCGGCGAUUUGUGAAGAACUUUGCAGAUAUAGCCAAACCUCUGCACAAGCUAACCGAGGAGAAGCGACAUUUCUGCUGGGAUGAAAGUUGCGAUAUUGCAUUCCAGGAGCUCAAGAACCGUCUGUGCAAAACACCUAUUUUGGGGUACCCUGAUGCGGGCAAGGAAUUCAUAGUUGACACAGACGCAAGUGAUAUAGGACUUGGCGGUGUGUUGUCUCAACGGAAUGGUGACCAAGAGAUUGUGAUAGCGUACUUCAGCAAGUCAUUGUCAAAGCCGGAAAGGAACUACUGUGUCACAAGACGCGAAUUGCUUGCUGUGGUAAAAUCCUUGCAGCAUUUUAGCAAAUAUCUUCUAGGGCGGAAAUUCCACUUACGAACUGACCAUGCUGCACUGAAAUGGCUAUUGCAGUUCAAAAAUCCGGAAGGACAAGUUGCGAGAUGGAUUGAACUACUGCAGGAAUACGACUUUGUGAUCGAACAUCGCAGCGGGAAAUCUCAUGGCAAUGCAGAUGCAUUGUCAAGAAGACCUUGCCCUGAAGAUUGCAAGCAUUGUACUAGGCAAGAGGGUAAGGAAGUGGUAUCUGUGAGGAUGCUCAGGACAGACCAGCUCAGCAAUGAGUGGAAGGACAGCCUACAACAUGCACAGCAGGAAGAUUCGGAUAUUAAGCCGAUUCUGGAAUGGAUAAAGGCCAGUGCUCCUAAGCCCAAGUGGAGCGACGUCUCAGCAAUGAGUUCGACCACGAAAAGCUAUUGGGCCCAAUGGGACAGCUUGCUGAUUCAGGAUGGAGUCCUGUGCCGUAAAUGA